AUGAAGGAUUUUGUAUUGAAAUUAUUGAGUGAGGAGGAAUUUAUUCAUGAAGAUUAUACUAAAUAUUCUGAAAAGGGAGGUGUUGUUGGAAUUUCACUUUAUUCUCCAUGUGAGCUAUUGAAAAAAUUAUUGAAAUUCUAUCAUUGUAAUAAUGAGAAAGGAAUUGUGAAGGAAAAUUUGAUAAUUUCCUUACACAAAUUCAUGCUAAUGAAACACGUCUGUUCACAACUUGGUAAUCCAUAUAAUUAUUAUGAUGCUAGUCAAGUUUUGAUUUUACUUUCCAAAUCAGAGGUUUCUUUCGAUUGGAAAUCAACAAUUGUUUACAAAAUUUCUGAUUUUAGACAUUCAAAAAGGAUGAAUAUUGGAAAUGCAUUUCUAUCCAUGUUAAAUAACUUUAAACAACUAACUUCAAAUCGGAAAUUGCCAAAAUAUGUUUCAUUAUCAUUCAACAAUGAAAUUGUAAUUUCAUUUAAUGAAACUUUACAAAAUGCUGAACCAGAAGAAGGAUGGGAAAACAUUUUCAAAGAUUGUUCAUCACCACCUUAUGGAAUGCAAGAUGCAUCCAAAGAAACUCAAAAUUUAAUAGAAUACUUGUAUGGAAAUAAUUCAGAACACUAUUCAUGGAAUCAUUACUUACAAAAUGGUGAUGAAACAUGGUCGAGAUAUUGGUGUACAGGAAUGGAAUUUUGGGGCUGUCAUGCAAUGACUAGUUAUAAUUAUGAUAAGGAAGUUUUCAUUGUUGCAAGUGCAUCGACUAGUGAUUAA